GUCUCCUUCUAUCUUAGGCAACACACUCUUGAGCGGUUAAACCACGCCGGUCCUGACAAACCAGUCUCCUUCAUCUCUGCUCCUCAGCAGAUUCAACAGGAUGCCUGUAAGUACAGCUCAUUCCUUCCGCAAAUGGAACGGAGGAGUCUCAGUGCCUUCUUUGUAUUCGCCCUAGACGCUGGGCAAACACACCGCAAUGCCGGACUUUCCUACUUUGGGAAAGAAGGAGCGGUACAGGGGCUCUAAGCCAUUCUGAAAGCCGGAGAGGGGAAAGGGAAGUCAGUACUGCAAAAGGGAAACCUUUGCUCCACUGCUGGAGUUUUAAGGCAGCUUCAGUCCCAGUGCAAUUUUUUUAUCGUGGGACGGGACCUUCUUCUCAAGCCCCAACCAUCCAGCUUCACGUUGAUUUCGUUUGGCAGGACCCAUUUGCCCACUCCUGCGAAGCCCUCGUAUGCAGAGUGUCCAAAUUUAACCUUGACAGAAUCAUAGAAUUUAAAGAGUUGGAAGGGACCCCGAUGAUCGUAUGCCGUUGUCCUGUACGGGGAUCGAACCUGCAACCUUGACGUUACCAGCACCGUUCUCUAACCAACUGAGCUCUCCAGGCAGCUAUUGGCUUUUAGUUGUCUUUUUCUAUUGCUUCUUUCCUUUCUUAUAUUACACCUUACUGUAUUAUGGUUCGAAUGUUGCAGAAUGCAUGUUGGGUUUUUAUGCUUCUGACAAUCCCAUAAGGUAAGCUAGGGGGAGAGAGAGAGAGAGACUGGUCCGAGAUCACCCAAUGAGCUUCGUGGCCGUGUGAGGAUUCGAACUCUGGUCUCCCAGGUGCUAGUCCGACGCUGCAAUCACUACACAACACUGGCUGUUGGAGCUGGGCAGAGGAAUGCCUCUGCUUUAUCCCAGGUGUAAGUGGGAUUUGGCCUAACUCUGCCCCUCCGCAAUGAUCACCCACACCCAGUGAAGGUGUCGGUUUUUAGCAGGAAGCACCUAACUCUUUGCUCCUGCUGCAUCGCUUUCACCCUGUUGCAGGAAUUUUUAAACCUGUUGACCUUUUAAUCUGGAGGGAGGGCUGUGUGUGGGAAAGCCAGGCCAGGCUAAUCCUGUUGAGUAACUUUGCAUACAGACGCGCCCUUCCUUUCUUCCUUCCUCGAAUAGCAAAAUAAACUUGCUUUCUACACCUCCCAGGAGGAUGGGCAGAGCAACGUAGGUGAUACUAGCAAUUAUUGGAACCGGCACCUAGACUGUUCACUUCUGUGCUGUGGCAACAGCUGUAGCCAAUGCUGACUCAUGCUUUGAUCCGCUCCAGACCUGUCCUUACAUUUCCUGAGGGCGCUCUGGCGGGCUUGAUUCUUGUGCAAUUUAUUCAAGACUUCCUCUUGCAUUCUCUCCCCCUGCCCCCACUUCCAGGGCUGACUCCUAAGGAUGCCCAGAGCCGCAGUGAAGCUCAUAGUCACCGGAGAUGACUUUGGCUACUGCCCAAGAAGAAACCAAGGCAUCGUGGAGUCUUUUCUCUCCGGCGGCGUGUCCAACGUGUCCCUCCUGGUGAACGGCAGCGCUGCGUCCGAUGCAGCACAACUGGCGAGGAGGUGAGAGGUCCCUUGCUUUCUGUCUCUUGCUCUCACGCAGGCGCCUGUUUCACAAAGCCCUGCCAGGCAUGAAAUUGAGCAUGACCACUGGCUCGGUGGUGGAGCCCGUGCUUUGUGCAGAGCAGGUCCUGGGCUCAAAUCCUGGCAUCCCCAGUUAAAAGGCUUCAGAAUGAAUGAAUGAAUGAAUGAAUGAAUCUCUAUUUGCGUCAGCCAUCAGCCGUAGCAGUAAAAUGGCAAUACGAUAUACAAAGAAUAGAAAUAAAAAGUCAAUUAUAUAAAAUACAUUUUAGGGUUUUGAAUCGAUAGUCAAGUAGUGGAUCUUAUUCUGAUUGCCCCAGCUAUAAACCUUGCAACCUUUGCUGUCACCUGCUCAUCUUGAUCUGCCAAGAGAAUGGACACUGUGGCAGUGGCUGGGCGACCCGGAAUGGACAAUAAAAGACGGGUGAUAAUGUCAUUCCUCAAGUCAUUAAAAAGAGUGCAAGCCAUCGAUUUGGUACUGCCAUCUCCACAGGGACAUAAGUGUUUUUUGUGUGGAAUCUGUUGGAAUCAUCCCUCAGCAGCAUGCAGCCGAGGGCAAUACAUUCAAUCUCGAGAGAGUAAAAGUGUGUCUAUAUUUUGGAAUUGCUAGGUGAUGCAGAGAGGGUGCCAGAGAGUCAAAAUGGGAAGGUGGAAAAUAGUCAUACUAUGGGCAAAAUUUCCUUAUUGUGGCCAAGUUGUUCUGAUGCUCAAUAUCAUUUAGGCGCUGACAAAUUAGACUGUUUGCUUUACUAAAACCCAAAGUGAGUAGCUGUUGUGGUGAUUAACCACAAGAGUGAUGUUUUCGAUAGACAGUUUUAGUCCAGGCGCUCUUGUCUUGAAGCACUAGAGACAUUAGACCGGGGGGAUUUGAGUUUAGGCGAAGCCAAUAGUUAAGUGUCCUACGCCAGAUCCGUAAUUCUACCGAGGGAAGAUUAGCCUCUAGGCGCAAUGAUGUAUUUGGGACACAGGGUGGUACAAAGAAAAUUUGCCUUAAGAACUUUGAUUGGACAGCUUCCGUAGAUCCAAGGUGAGUGAAAAUGGUUCAGAGCUUCAGAGUUCUGCCACGUGAACCUGGGAACAUGGGAAGCAGCUUUUUAACCACUGAGAAAGAAGGCUUCUCCCUUCUUUGUCCUGACUGGCGCCUAUCAGAGUGAAAGGAGGAGAGUCGGCCACUGAGGAUCGGCUCUCAGGGUCACUCUGGCACAAGAAGAGCACUGAGGAGUUGUUCCGUAUUAUAAUGGGUAUGGGGUUGCUCGUGCGUAAGUUGCCGCCUCUCCUGGCUAUGUUGCCUUGUUAAACCUUUCUGUCUGGACAGCCCUUCACUUCGUGGCUGCCUCAGUCGCUAGCAGAAUCCGUCAGUGGGCGUUUCUUAAACCUCUUCCAACAUAAAAGUUGUUUGACGCCCAGUCUCCUCCUACUCUCCCUGCGUGGAAGUCUUCUGCGCAGGGAGGGCGUGGGUAGCGGAGGACCCGUGCUCUCCCCGCUGGUGUCCGGUGAAGAGUCCUGGAGCCCUCUCGCCGAUUCCCCCAUCUGCCCCCCUUUAUCCCUGGUGUAACGUUGAUUUGCUUCCCCCUCUGCUGAACUGCCUCUCUCCCUGCUUGGCCCUUCUCCAGCAUCAUUUGAGAGCCUUCCCUCCGCCUCAGGCUCCGAUGUCAGUUCCCUGACAUGUAUGUUCCAAAGCUAAGCGUUUAGGAACACCGAGAACACAAGGGGCUCCCGUUUCGAGAGAAUGUUGUGCAAGAUCUGCUACUUGCAAUGGAGCUUCAGGGAAAACACAACUUGAGUCUCCUCAAAAGAUGAUAUGGGAGUAGUCCAAAUCAGUUGCACAGAAUAAUGGAUUUACCUUAAAGGCAACGCCUAGAGUUCUGCUGCCAGCCAGUGCAGACAGCGCUGAGCUAGAUGGAUCAUUGGUCUGGCUCAGGAUAAGGCAGAUUCCUAUCACUGCCUUGUCGCUUAUAUGCACAGUACGACUCUGCAGUCUGCAGAGAGAGCUUCACAUGCAACUUUCAAAGGUCUCAGGAGCCUGUUCUGCACAACUAAGUGCAGUGCUUUUAGUGCGGCUACUCCUGAUCUGUGAAAUAACAUCCCUUUUGAGAUAUGGCAGGCGCUCACAGUCUACACUUUGAAGCUGUGUUCUGACAUGCUUUUCCAGUUGAAUGAAUAGGUCUCUGCAAUGGUUACCUUUGUGUGUGUGUGCGCACGCGUUGGGUUUUUUGUGUUGUUUUUAAACUGAUUUUUAAGCUGCUUUUAUUGUACACCGCCUUGAGACACAUAUGUGCAAGGCCAAAAUAAUAGUAAGAAUAACAAGGGUAAUAAUGACAAAUAUAGUGGUACCUCGGAUUAAGUACUUAAUUCGUUCCGGAGGUCCAUACUUAACCUGAAACUGUUCUUAACCUGAAGCACCACUUUAGCUAAUGGGGCCUCCUGCUGCUGCCGCGACGCCGGAGCCCAAUUUCUGUUCUCAUCCUGAAGCAAAGUUCUUAACCUGAAGCAAUAUUUCUGGGUUAGCGGAGUCUGUAACCUGAAGCAUCUGUAACCUGAAGCGUAUGUAACCUGAGGUACCACUGUAACAACAGCUAAUAAAGCUCUGCUAUUUUAGGGCUGGAGAUCGUGGCAGGGGAAACUUUAAGUGCCACCCACGGCCUUUUCGAUGCUCUCCUCUUUUUGAAAGCAGCCUGCGGAGCCGACAGCCUUUACCGGCACACUUUUUGUAAAUAUAGAAAACACCUGGCCCCGUUUCUGAUUACAAGCCCUGCUGAGUCUGGCCCACGAGGCCGCGUGACUCCAGUCUGAAACGGCUUCUUCGAAUCCAGGUCAGAGCCUUCGGAGUGGCGGCAGCUUUUGUGCACUAUCUCAGACACUCUGAGAGGCUGGUUUUCCUUCCCAGCACGCCGCCCCCCCCCUUGGCUCUUCCUACCUUGGAAAUCUAAUGCAGGGAGCCAGAGAACAUAUGCAGGUCCUGCCUUGGACACUUAAUUAGGUUAUGCGUGAGUAAUUAACAAUUCCUGCCAGCACUUACGCAUGCGAGAUAUCGCACCGAGCUUAACCUUGUUACGUCGCACCUGUAGGUCCCGUAGCCUCGGUUUAAGAGAGCAGCUCAGAUCUGGGUCACACUUUUUUUGCUUACUCCUCUGAUAAAUAUAGUCGUUGAAAGCCAACAUCUUAAUCCUUUUAACCGUCUCUGCUGACUAAAAGGAUUGUCCCUGCGUGGGCGUUUGCUGCUAUAAAUAUUCCUGGGUUAUCGGCCGCCUACGGAGGGUUUCCUUCAUCCCCGGGCCUAUUACAUAAAUUAGAAGCCUGGGCUGGUUUGAAAUAAAUACUCUGUUGGUUUUUCUCCAAGGGCAAGGCCUCUUCUGAUAAUCUGCCUUUAUCUUGAGCUGUCCUUUAAACCAGGGGUGGCUAAGCGCCCGAUUUGCCCCUAGGCAGAUCCUGCAAAAUAAAAAAAUGAACUGGAGCAGGUGGUUGCCAAGGUCAGGAAGCUAAUAAUAAUAAUAAUAAUAAUGAUAUUUUUUAUUUAUACCCCGCCCUCCCCACCCAAGGCAUCUAAGAAGCAAUGCAGUGGUACCUCGGGUUAAGUACUUAAUUCGUUCUGGAGCUCUGUUCUUAACCUGAAACUGUUCUUAACCUGAAGCACCACUUUACCUAAUGGGGUCUCCUGCUGCUGCCGUGCCGGCGGAGCAAGAUUUCUGUUCUCAUCCUGAAGCAAAGUUCUUAACCUGAAGCACUAUUUCUGGGUUAGCGGAGUCUGUAACCUGAAGCAUAUGUAACCUGAAGCGUAUGUAACCUGAGGAACCACUGUAAUAAAAACAAGUUGAAUGAAUAUAACUUAAAAACAAGAUUAAAAUACAACACUAAAAUAUUGAACCAUUCAAAUAUUAAAACGCAGCCUCAUCACAGGAGGAGAAAGGAAAAAGAAAGAGGGGGAGGGAAUCAAAUUGGCUCCAAGCCAAAGGCCAGGUGGAACGACUCGGUCUUACAGGCCCUGCGGAAAGAAAUCAGAUCCUGCAGGGCCCUGGUCUCAUGAGGCAGAGCAUUACACCAGGCCGGGGCCAGUGUUGAAAAGGCCCUGGCUCUGGUUGAAGCUAAUCUGACUUCCUUAGGGCCCGGGAUCACUAGGGUGUUGCUAUUUAUGGACCUUAAGGUCCUCCGUGGGGCAUACUGGGAGAGGUGGUCCCAUAGGUACGAGGGUCCUAGGCUGUGAAGGGCUUUUUUUUUGCAGUCUAAGGGCCGCAUUUCAUCCUAGGCAACCUUCCCAGGGCCGGUGCUGGGUGGAGCCAAAGGCAAAAGUGGGUGGAGCAAUACCUUUUUACCUUUGUAUAGUGGAUACUCACAGGCCCCUCUCUGUUCACCCCAAAGCCUCACGUUAAUCGAUUUUUUGUUGUUGUCCUGCUUUUAAUCCCCAACACUACAGGUUUGCAGUGGUACCUCGGGUUAAGUACUUAAUUCGUUCCGGAUGUCCGUUCUUAACCUGAAACUGUUCUUAACCUGAAGCACCACUUUAGCUAAUGGGGCCUCCCGCUGCCGCUGCACCCCCGGAGCCCGAUUUCUGUUCUCAUCCUGAAGCAAAGUUCUUAACCUGAAGCACUAUUUCUGGGUUAGCGGAGUCCGUAACCUGAAGCGUAUGUAACCUGAAGCGUAUGUAACCCGAGGUACCACUGUAUAGUUCAAAAGUACACAAACAGCCACAGGUAUCAGAGAUUUCUCCAGGGUCAACAAGUUCAUAUCGAAGUUUCCAACAUCACACCUCUUGUACUAAACAAUGCCUUCCUGUGAAAAUGUUGAGAAGUCCAAAAUACCCAAAACACUGGGGUUUUUGGGGGGUUUUUUUGCUGAAUCAACCUCAGUUUUAAAUGUAGGGAAGCACUGUCUAUGGUGUUAAGUGUAGCUCUGAAGAAAACGGGUAAUUCUUACCCAUCUUGCAAGGAUGUUUAGGAGCUAAUGAGCCUCUGGGCUGAAAGACACGACACAGUGUCUUUCACAAGGAAACCCAUCAGUCACAGGAACGUGGUAUGUUAGUGAGAGCUGAAAUUAACUGGCGUUUUGAAAAAUAUCCUCCCUAGGUAUCACAUUCCAAUAGGGCUCCAUGCCAACCUUUCUGAGGGCUCUCCUGUUUGUCCAGCGUUGAGAGCGAAGUCCACGUUGCUCAACGAAGAAGGGUUUUUCCACGGAAAGAUGGGGAUCCGGAGAGCAUUGGCCGGUGGUCUCCUGAGCAUGUCUGAGGUAGGAAGACACGCAUACAGGGCUUUGCUUGCUAGCCCUGGUGGUAUCAACUGUGGGAGAAACCAUGUGGCGCUUAUUAUUAUUAUUAUUUGAAAUACUUUUUAUUUGGUUUUGCAAGUAUAAAAUUAUAACAAUACCAUCAUACGUUUCCACAUUUGCAGAUUCUAUUCUUUUCUACUGCAUUUUUUCCAAUAAUCCAUAUUUUAUAUCAUUCCAUUGUUUCCAUUGCUACAUUACAAGUAUUAUUGUAACCCUCUAGUGUUUUCAUCUGCUUACAGUGGUCUCCAAGAUAAAUUAUAUUCCCCCCCCCUUCUUUGUUAAAUUUCUGGUCUUGAGUCCUGAGCUUCCUGGUCAGUUUUGCCAUUUCGGCAUAGUCCAACAAUUUGAUUUGCCAUUCUUCUCUGGUAGGGACUUUAUCUUCUUUCCAUCUCUGGGCUAAUAACAUCCGGACGGCUGUCAUGGCAUACAUAAAAAGUCUUUUCUGCUCCCUUGGAAUAUCUGCACCUAUAAUUCCUGAUAAAAAAGCCUCUGUUGUUGUUGUUUUUUUGCAAAAGUUGAACAUUUUUUUCAUUAUAUAUCAUUUUCAUUAUAUAUAUAUUCAUUAUAUAUCAUUAUAUAUCAUUUUCCAGAAUGCUUUUAUUCCCUUACAAGACCACCAUUAAACUUAGGCAGAAAGUUAAUAACUAAAGCCCACUUUAAGCUUUCUUUGACCUUACCUGCCCACACCUGACAUUAUGUCUGACGUCAGGUGUAGGGGCAGGCGGGCAAAGCUACCCCAAAACACCUUCACAGGACAGUGGGGAGGUCUGAUGGGCCAGGUUUGGGAGAUCCUUGGUGUCGAACCAUGGUGAGAUAGUUGGACCAUGCACAUGCAUGCACAUUUCAGCGUACAAAGAAAUAAGAUUUUAUUUAGUAUUGUUCUUAUUUUGAAAUACUUGCAGGGGUGGGGGCCCUCUAUACCUGAAGUAGCGUCUCCACCCCCAUCGUUCAGCCCAGACCCUCAGGUCCACCAAUGAGGGCCUUCUGGUGGUUCUCUCACCAUGAAAAGUGAAAUUACAGGGAACCAGGCAGAGGGCCUUCUUGGUAGUGGCACCCUCUCUGUGGAACGCCUUCCGGUCAGAUCUGAAAGAGUUAAAUAAUUAUGUAGUAUUUCAUAGGCAGUUCCCUCACUGCGAGAAGUGAAGUUACAGGGAACCAGGCAGAGGGCCUUCUUGGUAGUGGCGCCCUACCUGUGGAAUGCCUUCCUGGCAAAUCUGAAAGAGUUAAAUAAUUAUAUAAUUUUUCUGUAGGUGUUUUUCUGUUUGGUGAAAGUUUUAAUAUUUGAUGUCGUUGUUCCUGUACUUUUGCUGGAAGUUGCCCGGAGUGGCUGCGGCAACCCAGUCAGAUGGGUGGAGUAUAAGAAAAAUAAGUUAUUAAUUUAUGUAAAUUUCCAGAGCCUCUGAACAUCUCCAUCUGGCCCUUCUUCCUCACUUGUUUUUUGUUUUUGUUUUCUAAAUGAAGGGCGUCUUCUUCAUAUACACGGCAACUCUCCUCAUCUGCCCUCCUUUCCUUUUACAUUCCCAGGUGAAACACGAACUAACUGCGCAGGUUGACUUGUUCCGUGAGCUCACAGGUCACCUGCCUCAACACAUGGAUGGACACCAGCAUGUUCACGUCCUCCCAGGUAAGGCAAAUCCACACCAUAGGCAAGGAUGAGACACCUUUUCCAGGGCCGCACGUCCAGAUUUUUAUCUUUCCGCACUCACCCUCUCUCCUCCACCCAGGGGAGCAAGAGGCCUGGUCCGAGUUCCAGGACACAUUCCAGUCAGGCAGAGGUAAAAAAAGGUAAAAGACUCCUGGACAGUUAAGUGCAGUCAAAGGUGACUACAGUGGUACCUCGGGUUACAGACGCUUCAGGUUACAGAUUCCACUAACCCAGAAAUAGUAUCUCGGGUUAAGAACUUUGCUUCAGGAUGAGAACAGAAAUCAUGCAGUGGCAGCAGGAGGCCCCAUUAGCUAAAGUGGUACCUCAGGUUAAGAACAGUUUCAGGGUUAAGAACGGACCUCCAGAACAUUUUAAGUUCUUAACCCGAGGUAUCACUGUAUGGGGUUGCGGCGCUCAUCUCACUUUCAGGCCUAGGGAGCCGGUGUUUGUCCACAGACAGCUUUCCGGGUCAUGUGGCCAGCAGGACUAAACCGCUUCUGGCGCAACGAAACACCGUGACGGAAACCAGAGCGCACGGAAAUGCCGUUUACCUUCCCGCCGCAGCGGUACCUAUUUAUCUACUUGCACUGGCGUGCUUUCGAACUGCCAGGUUGUCAGGAGCUGGGACAGAGCAACGGGAGCUCACCCCAUGGUGUUGAUGGGAUUCGAACCACCAACCUUCUCAUCAGCAAGCCCAAGAGGCUCUGUGGUUUAGACCACAGCACCGCCUGCAUCUAGUUAGGCAGAAACAGGGAAGAAAGGCCGUGGUCUGGGGAGAGGGCGCUUGGGCUUGGAAAGGAGACAAGCCCCGGGGAGAGAGUGCAAAGGACCACACAGACAGGCUUCUGGACUCAAGGCCGGUUCCCACUCUAGCCCUAAGGACACAGCCUCCCCUCCCCCAUGCCUUAGAUGAUGGGGGCUUUCUGACACUGAAGAACUGGAGACCCCCCCCCCCGCCUCCUGUACCUCUCCAGGGCUUGAGCUCACAGGCAGCUGCCUUGGGUCAGGUUACCUGUCCUGCUUAGGUUGCCUUAAGCCUGGCAGGUGUCUAUUUCUUUUUUUCUUUUUCUUUUUUUUAAUACGUCUUUAUUAAAUUUUAUUGAAUAUUACAAGAAAAUAAAAGAUAAAAAGAAAUAGAAACAAUACUGAACAAUACAUAAAGACAUAAAAACAUUUAUCUACGCAUUUUUCAAAAUGUAGAUUAGAAAAGAAAAGAGUUGAAAGAUAAGAUGAAAAGAAACAAGAAAAAGAAAGAAGAGAAAAAAUACUUUCCAUAACCAAAAUACCAAAUUCAUAUUUCAAACAUUUUCAGUAUAUAAAUCCUAGUUAAAAUAUUAUAACAGACUUCCACCGCAUUCACAACACGCCUCUUGGUUAUCUAGUUCACCUUAACAUCUGUUCUUCAAUCACUUCCUUUCUUAAUUCGUAAUCCAUCAAUUCUUUGUAUUCUCUAUAUACUUCACAAGGUUAGUCUAAGCACAAACUUUCAUAUUUGAGCUCCGUUUGUGUAAAUAUUCAUUUAAGCAUCCCCAUUGUUUCUGUCCGAUAGUUUUAGAUUUAUGCCUUAUUACGUCCGUCAAUUUGGCUAACUCCAGAUACUCCCAUAAUUUACUUAACCAUGCCCAUUUUGUUGGGGUAUUAUUUCCUUUCCAGUAACUGGCCGCCAACAUUCUCGCUGCUGUUGCGAGAACCUAUUGGGAGUCUAUUUCGUUGCUUCGCCAGCUCAAAGAACAGGUGCUCCAGUGACAAUUGGAGAGCAGGGAGGUCCCAGCGUUGUCUCUCGCAGUAGCCGGCAACGCCGCAGUCUCGGCACUUGGGAAGCUGGUUUAAGAAUGGAUCUGGUUCCAGUUCCAUGUCACUCACACCCAUCCCCAAAGGAGCUCUUUCUGUUCCCAUUCAGUCCGCAGUUCACCCGCACUGGUUCUCUGUAUUCCUGCCCUAUCCACCCCCCCACACAGGGCGCUGCCUUCAGAAUAUUACAAGCUGUUCUGCCAUGGUACAAAAUGAUACAGAAUAAGAGUACAAGAAGAACAUAACAUUGAAGACUGGGAAACGUUUAUUGGAUAUAUGGGAAUUCAUUGCAUACAGCUGAAAGCGCUGGCAGCAUUAAGAUGAAUUCAACAGUGUAAAUAAGUUCUGAUGGAUGCAAUAAUGGAAUACUGAAUGGUAUAGUUUUUGUAAAAUAUGCAAGGAUUUAUAGUAUGUAAAAUGAACCAUGGAAAGAGAAGAAGAGGAAGCCUUUGAUAUCUUAAGGAUGUAAAAAUUAGUACAGUGGUACCUCGGGUUAAGUACUUAAUUCGUUCCGGAGGUCCGUUCUUAACCUGAAACUGUUCUUAACCUGAAGCACCACUUUAGCUAAUGGGGCCUCCUGCUGCUGCCGCACCGCCGGAGCACGAUUUCUGUUCUCAUCCUGAAGCAAAGUUCUUAACCUGAAGCACUAUUUCUGGGUUAGCAGAGUCUGUAACCUGAAGCGUAUGUAACCUGAAGCAUAUGCAACCCGAGGUACCACUGUAUUUUAAAUUGGAAAACAGAAAAAUAAAUAAAACUUAUAUAAAACGAAACAAAAUGAUACUCCAAUCCCAAACACUGAGAUCUUACAGCUUGUAAAGGCUUAAACUAAGAGAAAGAGAGUAAUUCAGUCCCCAGAGUUGAAGCGCCAUUUUAUAUAUUUAUAUUUAUUUAUCUUAUUGCAUUUAUAGCCCCCCACUUCUUCUCCAGGGAGCUCACGGUGGGAUACGUGGUUCUCCCCAUCCUAAUUUAAUCUGCCACAACAACCUGGCGAGAUAGGUUAGGCUGAGAGCCAGAGAUUGUGGUCCAAGGUCGCCCAGUGAGCUUCAUGGCCGAGUGGGGAUUUGAAUUCUGGUCUCCCAGGUCUUAGACCGACACUCUAACUGAGGGUGGCCAAACUUUGCUUUUUUAAUAUAAAUUUUAUUUUUUCAUUUUCUAUUUUACAUAAGCAAACAAAUGAAAAACAUAGACAUAUAAUCCCCUUUGACUUCCCUCCCUCCCCAUUGUGGAUCUUAAUUUAAUGACUUCCCCCUCUGCAUCUCUUUCAUAACUCUAUUCUUAUAAAUCCUUUGCCAAUCCAUAGUUCAGAUUUUCACUACGGGUUUUCUGUCAAUCCUACCAGUGUAUGUGAUUGUUUACAAUUGUUUUUCAAAUCAAUGACAGCGGAACCUCAGGAUGCAAACGGGAUCCAUUCCGGAGCCCCAUUCGCAUCCUAAAUAGAACGUAAGACAUGUCUGCGCGUGAGCGGGUCACAUUUUGCCGCUUCCGCGCAUGCGCGUGAUGUCAUUUUGAGCAUCUGUGCAUGCGCAAGCGGCGAAACCUGGAAGUAACGCAAGUAACGCACUCCGUUACUUCCGGGUUGCCGCUGAGCGCAACCCAAAAGCGCUCAACCUGAAGCACAUUCAACCCGAGGUAUGGGUAUAAACUUUCUCCAUUCUUCAUUAAAGAUCUCCUCUUCCUAGUUUCUGAUUCUUCCUGUAAGUUUUGCCAUCUCAGCAUAUACAGUAUUUUUCGCUCUAUAAGACGCACCAAACCAUAAGACGCACCUAGUUUUUGGAGGAGGAAAACAAGAAAAAAAAUAUUCUGAAUCUCAGAAGCCAGAACAACAAGAGGGAUCGCUGCGCAGCAAAAGCAGCGAUCUCUCUUGCUGUUCUGGCUUCUGGGAUAGCUGCACAGCCUGCCUUCGCUCCAUAAGAUGCACACACAUUUCCCCUUACUUUUUAGGAGGGAAAAAGUGAGUCUUAUAGAGCAAAAAAUACGGUAGUUCAUCAGUUUUGUCUCUUCUUUGGUCGGAGCUGUACCAUCUUUCCAUUUCUGAGCUAACAGAAUCCGCACAGCCGUGGUCCUUUGAGAUGGCCCAACUUCUCAUACCGCACACUGCUUUCACACACACACACACACACCCCGCAGUUCUUGUGGGGUGCUGGCAGGGCUUUGGGAAGGAAGCACCCACUUCCUUCCCUAAACUGGGGAAGUGCUAACUAGGCUUUGGGAAGGAGGAGGGAGGACUCUCAGACCCUGACAGACCCUUCUUCCCAGAGCCCAGCACCUGCUUAACUGGCUUUGAGAAGGGGUCUGCCACGGGGGCGGGGGAGCGCCGUCAAAUGUUUCCAAGUCUUGAGGGCUGCAUGUGGCCCUUGGGCCAUGCGUUGGACUACCCUGCUCUAACGACUGCACCACACUGGUUCUCCAGGACGGCACCAUGACUACAGCUCCCAGAAUUCUCUGAAGGGGAAGCGACAGCUGUUUACAAAGAGCCGUCGCUUUCCCCCAGAGAAUUCUGGGAGCUGUAGUUUGUUAAGGGUGCUGAGAGUUGUUAGGAGGCCCCUAUUCCCCUCACAGAGCUACAGAGGGGUUUUCACAGUCAGUUCCUUUUCCCAGGGAAUUGAAUCGGCCAGGAGCAAGAGAGCAGAGCCAGUAAUAGACUUGGACUCAAAAGAAAAUAUGCUCUCUCUCUUUUAAAGGCCUGUACUUCCUUGGAGAAGGGGCGCGGGUGGCGUUGUGGGUUAAACCACAGGGCUUAGGGCUUGCCGAUCAGAAGGUCGGUGGUUCGAAUCCCCGCAACGGGUGAGCUCCGAUGGCUCGGUCCCUGCUCUUGCCAACCUAGCAGUUCAAAAGCACGUCAAAGUGCAAGUAGAUAAAUAGGUACCACUCUGGUGGGAAGGUAAACGCCGUUCCUGUGCGCUGCUCUGGUUCGCCAGAAGCCGCUUAAUCAUGCUGGCCGCAUGACCCGGAAGCUGUAUGCCGACUCCUUCGGCCAAUAAAGCGAGAUGAGCGCCGCAACCCCAGAGUCGGCCACAACUGGACCUAAUGGUCAGGGGUCCCUUUACCUUUACUUUCUUGGAGAGGGACUUCCUAGUAACCUUUUCUCUUCCAGAGAUCAGAAACGUAUUUGCACAGGUGCUGGAGGAUUAUGGGAUCACCUAUACUCGAGUCCCCAUCGAGCCAGACCUUCCCCGCUGCGAUUGGAUAGACCCACACUUAAUGGCCUUUUACCUGGGCGUGGAGAAGGAUUCCCUAAACACAGUGGAUGUGUUUAGGAAACACAAAAUAAGGUGAGCAACCUGCACUUUGGAAACAACUCUGGUUUUUGCCAGUGCUUGGCUUUCUUCUCUGUUCCCGUAGUUUCCAGCUCACCGAGUGCCUUAAAUAGAGUUUCCGUUUAUUACAGCCACAGGCCAGCAUUUUAAAAAAUGGCUAAAAUACGAUUAUUAUAAAAGCAAGAUACAAUCAUUUUUUAAAACAAGCCAGAAUAAGAGCAGGGAGACAAGAGAGUCACUGGCCAGCAAGUUAAAACAACUUGAAUGAUAACUAUUACUAAAGCGAUCCAGUGGAAGACUGGGGAAGAAGAGUCAUGUGUCCGAAACGCAAGAUUUCAUAAGCAGAAUAGUCAUAGUGCCUCUAGAAGGCUUGGUGUGUCUUUUAAAGAGAGCCUUCUGUUUGGGUGAAAGGGUUCAGAGACUAAUUGCACAACAGAUUUUCCCCCCACCCCCCAAAAAUAUAAAUUCUUGCAAAUAUUGCAAAUGGCAAACAUCAUCCCCAAAGAGGUAUUCCCUUUCCCCUUCUCUAUAAGAUUCUGCAACAACAAAAGCGUUCUUCCUCUAAAACAUUGGGCAGUACCACCCCCUUGAGGUGGGUGAGAUUACCUAGGGUGGUGCUAAGAGGCAAGGGGGCAGCGGGGGCGGGGGCACUGGAGGUGUAAAAGAGAAAAGAAAAGCUGGUAUCACUAGAUCAUGUCUAUCUGUUUUGUUGAAUUAAUUAAAUGAAAUUGUUUUAAUUGGAUUCUGAAUAAAUGUACAAUUAAUUGUAUAAUAGGAGGGAUGUGGGUGGCGCUGUGGGUUAAACCACAGAGCCUAGGACUUGCCGAUCAGAAGGUCGGCGGUUCGAAUCCCUGCGACGGGGUGCGCUCCCGUUGCUCGGUCCCUGCUCCUGCCAACCUAGCAGUUUGAAAGCACGUCAAAGUGCAAGUAGAUAAAUAGGUACCGCUCUGGCAGCAAGGUAAACGGCGUUUCUGUGCGCUGCUCUGGUUCGCCAGAAGCGGCUUUGUCAUGCUGGCCACAUGACCCGGAAGCUGUACGCCGGCUCCUAGGCCAAUAAAGCGAGAUGAGCGCCGCAACCCCAGAGUUGGUCACGACUGGACCUAAUGGUCAGGGGUCCCUUUACCUUUACUUGUAUAAUAAUAAUAAUAAUGAUGAUGUAUAUAGUAUGGGAAUUGUAGGCCAGAACAUCUGGAAUACUCCAGGUUCUCCACCUUUCCCUCUCCCAUGUAUACUGCAGCCUCAGCAAUGCCAUCCCAGGAGACUGGAGUCUGGCAGCCAUGAUCAGUGUGCUACUAAUCAGCCAAGUAAAACUGAUGUGAUUAAUUAACCAAGAUUCCAUUAAUCAACUGACAGCUCAAAGAUGAACCCCCCUUCCCUCCUCCUACCGACUCUGAUCUUUAUGCCUCACAGCACGUUACAGAGCAGGAAGGGUCUGGCACCACGGCAAUCUCAAAAUUACAAUAUUUCGCUCCAGAUAGAUUGCAUUUCAUGAUUGGGCAGAAAAACGGGGUGGAAAAUGCUUGCUCCUUCAGCGCUGCUUGUGCGAUUAAACACUCAUCUUCCUCCUUUCACAGGUGGCCGGAUAUAUAUAUAGGCCUUAGCACCAUGGGCAAAAACAUGUCCAUCGCCAACAUCCUGGGGGCCAUUGAUAACGCUACAGCGACUUACCUGCCUGAAGAAGACUCCUCCAUUCCUCCUGACUCGCCGUCACGCCCAGAUCAAGAAACCAGAACUGUAACCAUUGAGCUGAUGACGCAUCCAGGGUACCCCAGCGUCCCGCCAGUUGGGGGCUGCGGCGAGGGACCCGACGAUUUCUCGCAGUCCUGGGAACGCUUGCACGAACUUGAGACGCUCAAGAAAGCAGAGUUGCAGAGCCACUACAGGACAAGGAACAUCCAGCUCUGUGCAUUUAAAGACCUUGGGAUGUGACGCUGCAGUUGUUGCUGGCUGGGCUGGGCCAGGCUAAGCGUGAUGCUGAGUGAGGUGCAGAGUUAAGAACCAACCCCCCCCCCAAAAAAAUAGACCACAUGGUGUGGCACAGAGGCUCCCUUUGCAAGGAGAGCUUCCACCCUUUGCAGCUCAGGACAGAGGUGGUGCCCCAUUUUCACAGCACUGGGGAGCAGAAGUUGUAUCCCUAGGAAGGGAAAGCUUGGGCAGUAACAGGACCAGCAGGGUAGGAUCUGUAGAGCAGAUGGUUCUAGGAGCAGGAACGAUUGCAUAAGAAAUGAUAUGGGUCUGUCAUUGUGGGUUGGGCCUCUGGUUUGAACUCUGGUACAGAAAAAUACACAUUUGGAUCUGCCAAUUCAACAUAUUAUUAGUCUACAGCAGGCAUGUCCAAUCGCAGGCUGUCCCUGGUUGAUCACGGUAUCCUGAUCGAUAGCCCCCCUUCCCCCAAAAAGCUCAACAACUGUGGUCAAUUCAAUGGGUAGAUCACUGCCAGUUUUUUUAUAGUGGGAGUAGAUCACAGUCUUCUGGAAGUUGGACGUGCCUGGUCUACUGAUAUAGGUCCAUUAUCCAGGGGAUUCGAAGUAGGGAGUGUGUGAACUCAAAACUUAAAUCAACGCUCUUCACUAAGGUCAGCCACCUGCCUCGCCAAUAAAAGCUGAAAAGGACCACGUACAUAAAUUGUGGGGAAUUGGCAUCUGUGUCCUUAGUUCAGACAAUUUAUUUCGCUUUUUCUGGAGAGGCAAGGAGACACACGAGAGUCCUGAUGUUAAAUGCUAGCUUCACUGUCAGAAGUUUGGAAAUUUGGCUGUUGAACAAAUUUGCAGGCUGCUGAAUGUUGUGGGCAGUUGGGUUGGCGUAGAAUGCUGUCAGCCGUUGUGCAUGAAAAACACCACUUGCACCAUGAGAAUAGUGGACAGAAUGUGAAAUGUACAAAUCGAUUUAAUGACAGAAAUAUUCCCGAAGGGUUCCAUCUUGGGGAACGGUGGGGUCCCCAGAUCUAGGGCUGACUGUGUUAGGAGCUGUCAUACAUAGGUAAGUCAUCUUUUGCACAGACCUAGACCAUAGGGGUCCAUUGUUGCAUAUGAUUCUAAAACAAGUGGCCCUGUGCCAAUCAUUUCGGAGGCAAACUGGGUUUACCCACAAAUUAAAUGAAGGUUUCAGCACAUGCAGGCAAUGUGGAAACAAAAUAUUAACUCCCUCUUUUUAAAGAGGACUGUGCAUGCUAUAGUCACUGAACAUCUGCAUCCAGUCUGUUCUGGCUUUGAGAUGGCUAUCAGAUCAACCCUUGGCUUAAUAUGGUUCUGUUCCUUGGAGUUAUCCUUGGGACCAGACAGAACCAAAAGGCUGCCUUGGGUAUGCAGAUGGGUGGGAUCCCCUAGUUUCAGCUGACAACUAGCUGUACAGGGAGUGGGAGAAAGGGUGUGGUCAGUCAUGUCUGGCUCCCAGUAAAACACCCCUGAUCUCCUCCUGUCUCACUUCCCACUUAUGUAUCCCAAUAGCCACCUCCUAGGCACAAUCAUGGGGUUUAUGGUGUGCCGGGGGAAGGAUAGUGCCUCUGGUGGGGGACAUGUCAUGGUUUGUCCACCUUUGGGCCCCACCCUACACCUAGCUCUCACCUGCGGCUCCUGGAAGCUGUCAGCACUGGCCAGCUAAACCAGGUGAUUUCCCCCUGCAUGCGAAGACAGGCUCUGGCGGACCGAAUGGAUGAAACCAAUAAUGGGCCCAAGGGUCAAGAAAGUGGUUUCUGCACAUGCUGUGGAGGGAACUGAAGGGCAGAUGGGAAGGUAGCCCAUCUAGGAAGAAAAGGCUAUGGAAUAAACCCUACACAAAUUCAGUGUGGAGCCCCUGAGAGGGUUGGAUGGUGUCUUGGAAUGCCUCCUUCUGACAACUCUUGCAGCCCAGCCAAGCGUAUUGCUCUGCUUUCCUUUGGACCACAUUGACAAGGCCAAGAGGGUGGGUCUUGUCAUCUGGGCAGCCCAGGACCUCCAUAUACACCGACCAGGCUUGCACCUGGGAGAGGUCACUUCACUGCUGCCAGCAUAGCUGUUUUGACUUCACCCUCCAGAAGCUCACUCCAUUGUCGCUCGAGAUAGAUGGAUGCCGGCAACAGGCACAAUGAUAGUUUAGACCCAUCAAAAUUAGUUCGGACCAGGCAUGUCACGUCGUUCUGCCGAGGUCGCCAUUGCAGUUCCAUCAUCAGGGUUGCAAUAAAUUUGUAUUUCCUUAUUCUUUUUCAACAUUCCCAGUUGUGGAUUAUUGCUGGGCUGAAAGGUUGGGGUGGAAGUGGGGGGCAAAGAACAGAAACAACCCAAGACUCACUGAAUCUACUAAGCUGAUAACAGGUUUUCCAUAAGAGCCCUAAGGAUUGUACAUUGCAAUCCUACAUAUGCCCACUCAGAAGUACGGUAAAUCUCACUGCUGGGACAAAGGAAGCUGCCUUACGCAAAGUCAGACAGCUGGUCUACCUAGCUCAGUAUUGUCUCAGAACAUCAAGAUGCCCUGCUGAAUCAGGCCAAAGUCCUGUCAACCCUCCAACAUGCCUUUAGGAAGUCCACAAGCAGUACCUGGGUGCAGUCAUGCUCUGUCCUUGCGUCCUCAGGAACAGGGAUUGUUCAGACAUACUGCCUUUGAUUCUGGAG